AUUGCAAGAAAAAUUAGAUAAAGUAAGCACAGAGCUUCGCCGCUACCAAACUGAUCGAGAGAGAGCGCAAGGUGAAGCUGAAACCCUUCAGUCGCAAGUCAAUUCACUGCAGGUUCAAGUCCAACGGCUGCAGAAAGAGUGCGACAUGGCCCUGACCGAGAAGGAGGCAUUCAAAGAGAAAUACGAGCGUUUGAACUCAUCGCUAGUAAGACUUCAGAAGGAGCGCGAUCUGGCAGUCGCCGACAUGGACAGCCAUAAAGAAAAGGCGGAAGCGUUGCAAGGUCAAUUGAUAAAGACUGGCAAAGAGCGGGACGCCGCCAUAGCCGAGUUUGAGAUGCUUAAAGAGCGUCACGACAAGAGCUUCCUUCAGAUCGAUCGGUACCAACGAGAGGCAGAGGCGGCCUCUGGUGACCUCCGCCUCGUCAGAGAGAAGUAUGAGAAAGCACAGACACUUCUAGAUAAGGCCCUCCAGGACAAGGAAGUUGCGCGGGCCGAGGCCCAAACGGCACUGGAGAAAGUGGACCGCGUUCAGGCCGACGUCUACAAGAUGCAGACUCGGCAUGAACAGCUACAGAAGGAUAUGGACCGGCUUGUGGUUGAACAUGACCGCUGUGGACAGGUGCUUAGUAAGACCAAGGACGAGCACAAACGGGCUAUGGACGAGUUUGAAGGCGUGAAAGAAAUGUACAUGAGAACCAACGCUCAACUGGCCAAGCUCAAGGACACUGAAGACCAGUAUCGGCAGGAUUUGGACAGGGCCAUGGUCGACGCCGAACUCUACAAGGAACGUCACGACAAGCUAGCACAAGAUAUGCGAAAGGUCCAGGCAGACCGGGACCAUUUGCAGCAGGAACUUGAUCGCAUUACACUCGAGUACGAGAAGGCGCAGCGAAACAGCAAGGCGCAAGACGAGCUCGCCCAGACUCAACUCGAGUUAGAAGCAGCAUAUGAGAAGAUGGAGAAGUAUCAAAAUGACAUUCGAAAGAUCACUGUCGAUAAAGAUCAUUUUGAGGAAGAAAACCACAGGCUUGAGGCGGAGCUGGAUCGUGCAGAGCGUCAAAUCAAGCAGAUGCAAACGACGAUUGAUAAGAACCAAGGCGAAAUCGAGCGCUUGCGCAUCGACCUCGAGAAGGUUACUGAUAAACUCGAGAGAGCGCAGCAAGACGUCGAGAAAAUGAGCACGCAAAGAGACAAGGCACAAGAGGAUCUCCUAAGGCUGAGAAGUGAGUUGGAGCGUGCGGUGGGUGAUCGUGGGUUGACCGCUGAGGAGAGGAAGUCCCAACAGGCCGAAAUGGAACGUCUCUACCUCGAAAUUGAAAAGGCGAGAGAUAGGUACGAAAACGCUCGUGCAGAAAUCAAGAAACUGCAGGAGCAGCGUUCAUCGCAGCAACUGGAAAUGGAACGGCUGAGAUGCGAGUUGGAGGCCAGCGCGGGCCGAACGUCGGCAUUUUCCUCUGUUGAACAACGACAGAAACAGGAAAUCGAGAGGUUGUUCGUGGACAACGAAAGGCUGAAGGACCGGCUAGAGAGGCAGCAGACCGAACUCACCCGGCUGCAGAAGGAGCGUGAGUCACUUCAAAAUGCGUUAUCGCAAGCUCGUUCACAAAUCGAACAAGGCCUGCCCCCUCGACCGCCCUCCAAACUCGACAAAUCAGAGGUGGAUCGACUCAGGGAACUCCUUGGAAGAUCCGACCAGGUAUAGAUGACAUCCAUCACACAUACCAUCCAUUAAUUUAUAAGUAAAUGAGACGACUUACUUAUAUACUAGUCUAGCAUGUCACAAAUACAGCACUUUAGUGGAAGUCUAUGCGGUUAUCGCAGUGUUUGUACUGACGAUAAACGAGAUAAGGACAUGAUAAGUAUCGGAUUUCAGAAGACAAGGCAAGGCAGCGGCCAGUAACUUCUCGCUUAUAUUGACCUAUCGCUCCCUUAUUCCCAUAUUUGGGUUAAUAGGUUCCGUCAACAGGAAGAGGAAAGCAACACCAGCCGUGUGGGCGGUCGAAGCAGCGCAUCGUUUGUUUCUCGCAACCGCUCUCAGUUUGUUCGAGCAUAAAAUUUCUUUUAUUGCGGUAUCUAUGAUACACGAAAGGAUUCCGAUGUGAGAUAAUUUCAACCCUCUUUUCCUUUAUUUCAGUUCCUGCGGCCCGGGUUCGAAGCGAUGCCUAAACAUUUAUAUUAUAGUGUCUUUUUUUAGUCUUAGACAACUCUUUCAUUUCUAGACGGACUGACUGUGAGCUAAAAUUGAAAACGUGCACCACUUGCGGUGUACGUUAAAGACAACUCUGCCAUCUUGUAAGCUUCAUAUUUGUAGGAACUCGUUGUUGUUUUACGUUCAUUGUCUUCUGCCCUUCAUGACUCCACUUUCAGAAGCGGAAAAUUUUUAUUUCCAAGAGAAUAUCGAACGUGGCUGCUUUUACCAAUGGCUUUUUAACAAGCCAGAACCUUCAAUCCUACGUAUUUUAUGGUCAUAAAGGUCUUAUGCUUUUUUACCAGUCCGUUUCGAGUGACACGUGUUUUCUUUUGUACGAGUACAUGGAUACCAGGACUCACGCCCGUAUAUCUGUCACGAUAAUGAAGCUGUCUCCUCCGUUGUCAACAUUAUUGGUUGGGAGGUUGUUAAACACUGGGGUACAAAUUCCAUCCUGAGUCGAAGGUCCAGGUUUGACUCUCUUCACUUAUAUCCAUUCGA